AGACGCGUCUCUCGCGCAGUCUGUCGCACUUCAGUUUCUUCUGGUUAAUGGAUUACACACUUUCCAUCCAAGUGCAACAUCAGCUGGCGGUUUUCCCGACACACUUCUAUCAGGGCUACAGUGUGGAGUUACAGAUGAAGUCAACAGAAGUGGACCAAGGGCUUUUCACAGACAGCUACUGCAAAGUGUGCAGCGCUCAGCUCAUCUCGGAGUCCCAGAGGGUUGCCCAUUAUGAGAGUCGGAAGCAUGCGAACAAAGUGCGGCUGUAUUACAUGCUACAUCCUGUGGAUGGAGGCUGCCCAGCCAAGAAGCUCAGAACAGACAAUGGCAGCGAUGAGGGCGACGUGGACAAGAAUAAGUGCUGCACAUUGUGUAACAUGUCCUUCACCUCAGCAGUGGUGGCACAGUCCCACUACCAGGGUAAAAUCCACGCCAAGAGGCUAAAACUGCUACUGGGAGAGCAGCCUGCCAUCAUAACCAAAGAGGCCUCCCCCAGUCCUGUAAAGAGCUCCCCAGAAAUGUCUCCCAUGGCCUCACCAAGACAGCGCCGCGACUCAGACCGCUACUGCCAGCUAUGCAACGCCUGGUUCAACAACCCCGGCAUGGCUCAGCAACAUUACGACGGCAAGAAGCACAAGAAGAACGCUGCCAGGGCAGAUCUGCUGGAGCAGCUCGGCAAAACCCUGGAUAUGGGAGAGAUGAAAGGUCUGAAGCGCAGCUACACGUGUGAAGUCUGCAGCGUCACGCUCAACUCGGUGGCUCAGUAUCACGCACACCUGCAGGGUUCAAAGCACCAAAACAAUCUGAAGAAUCAGAUAUGUGUCCAGUGAGCGCCGGACGACCAUUAAAACCAACUACUGGAUUGAUGUCAGACAAGCUGUGGUCAGCUUGCCCUGCUUUUUCUGCCUCUGCCCUGCUCCGCUCUCCUCAACAUCACAUCUCUUUCUCUCCCACUCUCUAUCUCUCCUGGCUAAGUCUGUUCGGCUGCCCUGAUGAGGAGGAACAUAAAGAGACUGGUUUGGAACGCUUCAGCUGGACGUCAGCUCUCUCUCCUAUCAGAAAAAAAACAAGUAGUUGGUUCACAUCAGCGGACACACGUUAAACCAUUCAGUCAUGUUCUGUGUUUUUCUUCUUUGUAUCCACUUACAGUCUAAAAACAUUUAAGUGGAUCUGAUACACAGCAGCCUUUCUAAAAAUGCAUGGACUUAACUCUUAAUUUCACAGGAACUUAUAACUACUGUAUGAUGAAUUAAGAAAUGAGAAUAUGGGGGUUUGUCUCCUCUUACUUGAAUGAAAGGUAAUAUAUUCAUUUAAAAUUGUGUGUUAUUAAUAAUAACUAUGUGUACAUUACAACUAUGGCUACAUUACUCUCUUUCCUCUCAAUGUAUGUAUGACAGGCAUAGUGUCACUUUGUGUUCUUUGCAUACAGUACAUCUUUGGAGUGGACCUAAAUCCCCUUGUGGCCUAACGUAGGUUGAAAGCAAUAAUAACACUGGCUGAUCUUUUACUGUGUUGUAAAGUUAUUAGACCGGGUGUCAAAGAAAAGAAAAGAAAAACAGUGUUUUGUAGGAUGUCAGCAUGUAUAUACAGAUACAAGUCAACCCAGGCUUCCUACCUCAAUGUUUUAUUUCUCUCUACUUUCUGGUCAAAGAUAAACUUCCUUAAUAGAGAAAUUGUAACUUUAAAGUCAUGGAGGGCUUUUUAACCAAUUUACAGCCACUUUUACAGAGCAGAUUAAAAACAAAUCCUCUCAACGAGUUAGUGGUUGAAAGAAUCUGUUUGCCUGACAUUUUGUCUACAUUUCAUUUGGAUUUUUGUUGGCGGUAAGAACAAAAGGUUGUUUAUACUUUUACAGAUUUUAAACAUCAGGCGCUGAAAACAUGUAAUAAUAUCCAUCUGGAAAGUUAAAUUCUUGGUGGUUUAAUUGGGCAGAAACUCUCAAAAUUAGUCCAAUUGUCCAUAUUUUCAAAGCAGAAUUGUAUCAUGAUUAGCAAAAAUCUGAAUUCCCACAAUAUAUUCCCACAUAUAAUAUUAUAAUAUAUAAUAUAUUGAUUUUAUUUUUAUUGUACACAAAUCCUGAUCAAAUGCACCAACCGAAGACGAAGGUUAUGUAAUUAAUGUAUCUGUAUGAGCAGAAUGACAGGGGUACAACAAUUCAUAAGUAGGCUCUUGAGCUCCUUAACUUGGUCAAAUUAGGCAAAAAUGGUGAAAUGCCUUUGCAGUAACUGGAAAAAUAACUUACUGAUGAGAGUAAUAUAUUUUCAUAUAGUGAAUAGUAGUUCCACCCUUUAUCAGAGGACAAUAAUAAUAAUUAAAAAAAAUAGUGCUGAAGUUUGCAUGAAAUACUGAAUUUCACCCCCUCUUUGGUUUUAAAGAAUCCUUCGGGUUUACUCCUUCUUUCUAUCUAUAUUGCAUUUUGCUUGCUUUAACCAUCUUUCACAAGAUGCAGAGAUCUGGGAAUAAAGUCAAAUCCUCAAACAGACAUUUAAUGAGACAGGAUGCAUUAUCUGCCAGAUGACUGGGCAGGUUUAAAAGUGAAACCCUUCAGCCUCUUCAGGUUUAUGUGGAAGCCAUAACAAACAUUACAUAAACUUUGUUUCUCCUAUUCCAGGUGCCCUGCAUAUGUCUGACCUCUCCAGGUCAUCAGAAAACAAUUAUAUAUUUAAUUAUCUUCAGGUAGGUAGACAUAAAAGAGCAGCACAUGGAGUGUAAGCUGUGGAAACUCAGUGGAUGCAGAACUGGUGCAGGCAGAUUUGAAGAAAAGAAAACAUUUACAGAAGCAGCCAGUGCAAAGAAAAAAAACUCCAUGAUCACAUAUAUGUAGAUGUAUAAGUAAGCAUCAGCAUAUAAGUGGGCACAGAUCACUUUUCUUUAGAGAGCGACAUCUUUCAUUGAGGCCCUGAAACUGACAGCAAUAUCUUGUUGACAGAAAGAAAAGUAAUAGAUUUACUUUAGUUGUCUGCGAGUAGUCUGGCAGCUCACUGUCAGUUCCAUGUUGUGGGACUAACAGACAAAAUAAUAAACUAUUCUAAUUAUCUCAGAGAGUCUGGUUUAUCAGGAAGUUGUCCAACAACAUGCCUGCAGGAUACAGGGUAAUGUAAUUUUGUGUUGUCCUAGUUACAGGUCGUCAGAGGUACAGUCGUGGUAGUAACUGGAUCUAUUCUAGAAAGCUGCACUGAAGCACUGGUGAUAAACAUGCUACCAGUGGCAGAAAAGGUGUGUCUGUGUUAAAAAAAAGAACAGUUACAACACUUUUUUCUAUAAAAUGGCAUUUGAGGUGCUUCACACUUUACUCGCCAACAAAAGACAUGAAAAAUCACCAAUAUCAUGCAUGUCUUUGGACUGUGGGAGGAAACCAGAGAACACAGAGAGAAAAGUCACACCCCAGCCAGCAAGCAGCUUCAAGCCCGGCUGUACACCUCCCUCAGGCUGCUCCAUCAGAUUAUGGCCAAACGAUCCAAACGAUCCAAACCCAAACUUAAACUUUCCAUUGCAAACCUUCCUCACAGACGUGGUUUUUGUCCUAAGCUUUAAUCCUUUUACAUAUGAUGAUCUCUACAUUCAUGUUGCCUCUGAUGUCCUUUCUCUUCGCUGCAAAGUCCACUCAGAUCACUUGAGGAGGACGUUCCUGCCACAGCCAACAGAGACGAUGCCCAAUGCUACAAAAACAAGUCACGAGUUGACGCAGACCAGAUAUAUUCUAGGUAUAAAGCAGUUUUAAUUCUCUUGGAAACAUUUUUAAGUUUAUCUUUUCCACAAGUUAUGAGAGGUUAUUUUGCUGUGUAAUUCAACAUAUUUAGAAAUAUACAAUUUCAGUUUGGACUUCAUCUCAGGGAGAUGUAAUUGGUUGUUUUUGUGAAAAUUAACACUGCUGUUGAGAACUGAACAUUCACAUGUGCUGGAUCCAUUCCAAUACAGAGCCUUGUAGAAAGUGUUGGUACUGUAGGAAGGACUGAACCUUAACUGUAAUGGCAAAUGUAUCUUGAUGU